GCCAAGUAGGAGAAGGGCUCUGGAUACUUAUGAUGGUGAUGGCGAGAGUGCUCACAUUGACACUCGGAUUCGCUGCUUCGUUCUCCACUGGUGUAAUAUCAGUGCAAUUCUGCUUUCUGGACGGUGUCGGACUUCCUGGCUUUCAAUGAGACAAGAAGGACGAGGCUCUCGACACGUGGUUGAGAACGGUGCCAGUGUGGGUGAGGGCAAAGAGGACAUUGGUAGAGGAGGAACUGAUUACUGCUUCAUCCUACUUAGAGGGUUCAGCAACUCGCCGGCUUAAUGGAUUGGUAGCUUCAAAGAGGUUCGGCAGGAACAUGGGUGAUUGGGCGCAGACCCACACCCUGGAUAGUUUUAUGGACUUAGUGGAGGCUCGAUGGCACAACCCUCAGCAGGCACAAAUUGCCACUGAUGGGCUUCUAAAGCUUGAUGCUAGAAAGUACAAGUCAGUGCAAGAACUUACCACAACCGUAGAGCGCUUGAUCAUGGUCUCAGCACUGGAGUACAAUCCACAGGAAGGGCAAAAGUUGAGACCGGUCGAGUACAUGAGCAAAAAGAUGCCAUCAAAGAAGUUGGCAAAGUCCACCUACGAGAGGGAACUCUACGCUCUCUACAAGGCACUUGUCCACUGGAAGCACUAUCUGUUAGGAAGGUUCUUCUAUUUGAGAACUGACCAUCAGACACUCAAGUGGAUCAAGAUACAACCGGUUCUCUUCGAUGCACUCAAAAGCUGGAUUCAAGUCAUAAAUCAGUAUGACUUCAAACUAGACUAUGUAAAGGGAGAGUACAACAAGGUUGCAGAUGCGUUGUCUAGAAGGGCAGAUUACCUGGGUGCGCUGAUUUAUGAGUUUGGCCCAUCUGAGGACGUGACUCGAUCUAUGGAGGAAGCCUACAAGGAAGAUCCCAUCACGAUGGACAUCAUCAACAAACUUCAGGCUAAAGACAAGGCCACCACUGACGAGUUUAUGAUGGUGGAUGGGUUGCUCUUUCUUGAGAAGGCAGGGUUUACGAGAUUAGUUGUUCCAUCUAAGGAAGAUUUGCGUAGUUUAUUCUUAGGAGAAUGCCACGAAGCAACGGGACAUUUCGGCUAUAAGAAGACUAGUGCUAACCUAGUACAACGAUUUUGGUGGCCUAACAUGCUUGACGAUGCAAAGAAGUACGUACAGACCUGCCAGGUCUGUCAGCGGGACAAGCCGCGGACUCAAGCUCCGCUUGGGUUACUCAAGCCUUUACACAUUCCUGCUGGUCCAGGGCAGAGUAUCUCCAUGGACUUCAUGGACACUCUAGUGACCAACAAGAAUGGCAAGAGGCACAUCUUCGUCAUAGUGGAUAGGUUCACUAAGUAUGCUAGACUAAUCGUCAUGCCACAGACUGCUAGGACUGAGCACGUCAUCAAGUUGUUCAUGGACAACUGGGUGCGUGACUUUGGACUUCCAAAAACGAUCGUCAGUGACAAAGAUGAACGUUUUACAAGCGAGAUGUGGAACAAGGCCGCUGAACAGAUGGGCAGCCAGCUUCAGAUGACUUUGAGGAAUCAUCCCGAAGCAAAUGGGCAGGCUGAAUAGAUGAACCGAGUGGUGCAGCAUCUGCUGAGGCAUUACAUCACGCCCAACCAAGAUGACUGGGAUGAGAAAUUACCUCUCAUCGCAAGCCUGUACAACAAGAUUGUACACAACACCACCAACGUCAGUCCUAAUCAACUGCAUCUGGGGUGGAAGCCUAAAUCUGCUUUAGACUUCCCCCUGCCUGAAAACCGACCUGCUGCAACUCCUGGAACCAUCAAGUGUCCAAUAUGAGAAAUUGUUGCAGCAGACUGUCGAACAUAUCAAGAAAUCUCAGGAAGCUAUGAUUGCUUCUGAGAACAAACGUUGCCGACAAUC